AUGAAGAGACAUUUUGAGAAGAAACAAAUUUCAAUUGUUGAGAAACUUUACAAACAACACCACAAACAAUCUUAUGCAUCAGCUGGUGGUUUUAAUAGCGACGAUGACGAAUUAGAAGAAAGGCGAGAACAAAUUUCUGAAGCAUUACAAAAAAAUCAAAAUAAACUUUACGAACAUUUGAGUCCGCCUGAACUUUGCUUAGAUUGUAAAGGCCCUCUGUUUUCCGAUGCCUAUUUGUGGAAAUAUUUUAGUCAACCAAUUUGUAAUAAAUGCAGAGAAUUGGAGAAACACAAAUUAAUUACUAGAACAGAAGCAAAAACUAAAUUUUUGUUGACUGAUGCAGAUUUGGACUGUCGGAAACCGCCACUUCGCUACAUUUCUCGGAAAAAUCCACACAAUCCACGCUAUGGAGAUAUGAAAUUAUAUUUACGUUCACAAGUAAUUUUUUUGGUAAUCCUGCAGAAUCUGGGAGACACCUUAAAAACAUCUUAA